UUAGCUGCAUUUGAUUGAAGACAUGUUGAUCCAGUAAAAAAAAAAAAAAGUUUUUCUAGGUGAACUGGUUGUUUUAUAGGGGACAACAUUUGCUUAAAAAUGACUGGUGCCUUGAUUAAAGGACUUAUCUUCUUCUUGUUAGAGGUAGGGAGAGAUGGUAAACUGACGUAUGCUGGCCCAGGAAGAGUGGAAGACUUACAUGGACAAGACAAGCUUGUUCUUCUAACAUCGCAAUGGGCCCUUCAACUGUUCAAUGACUCGCUGCCUUACACAAGAGCCGACAGCUUCUGCAGAGGUCAGUUCAGUUCCCUCAUCAACCUGGACCAGCCAAAGGACCAAGAAGAAGCGCUGGCGCUCCUUCUGCAGGCUGGACUCCGCUCCACAGUCUGGGUCAACAAUCCCAGCAGAGCAGUCUCCAGUUCCAUAACCCCAUCCAAACAGUAUUUACAGUUCUCAUCUCUAAAUUUCCCCAAAGAGUCUAAUGAAGGCUUUGCUCGUGUCAACGUGUCUUUUCCUGCCUUAUCAUCAGUGAGUGUAUGUGUUCGAGUUCAGUGGGACCUAAAGUGGAAUGAGGUGUCGACCAUAUUCUCCUAUGCUGCACCUGUUUUUACAAAUGAAUUUCAGCUGCGAGGCCAAGCAGACGUGCAGGGUCGCAUCCUCCUGGCACUUAUAAUCCAUGGGAAGCACCUGCCGUACAAGGCGUCUUUCAUGAAUGAUGGCGCAUGGCAUCACAUCUGUGUGACGUGGCACCGAAGCAGCAACCACUGGGCCAUCUAUGUUGAUGGGGACAGGAGCGACAUGGGCUCAGACACAGACAUUCGCAGGGAUAUAUAUGGUGAUGGGAUUCUGAUCCUGGGUCAGGAUCAAGACUCGUUUGGUGGGGAUUUCACAGAGCCCUUUUUCGGGAACAUCACUGACCUGAACGUGUGGAAUGUGUCUUUGGAAGCAAGACAUGUUCGUACCUUGAAUUCCUGCUCACCAAUUACUUUGGAAAAGCUUUUCACUUGGAACCUUGAGCUCAUAAGCACUCACACCAUGGUCAAAAAGGUGCAGGCCCUUCUGUUUUGUCCUGCAGCAGCACACCAGCAGAUGGAGCUGCAGGGCUGCAGGACCCUGCAGGCCUGGACAGAUCAGCUCCCCCCUGUAGGCCUGACGGAAUGCUCCAGCCUGCUGCCCUUCAUCUGCAGGAGCAGCAGAGAGCGAUACGUGAGGAUGAAGGAGAUGACUGAAUCCCAGAGCUCCCAGCCCUCUGCUUUUAUGCAACAACUGAUGAAGCUCUCCAACCAGAGCCAGCCAGUUCUUGGCCAGCAGCCUUCAGGGCUCAGCAGCCUGGCCCAGGCCUCUGUCCUGCUCAAUGUCUCAGUGCAAGCCCUGGGAGAGAUGCAACAGGAGGAGCUGCAGCCGGCCGAUAUGUUGUCGCUCAUCCAGCUGCUGGCACUGACCUCUGACAUCCCCUCUGAGCCGCUGGCCCGUCCUGACAACAGCAGCCACGACAACAUCCAGGAGCUCAGCCAGCACUUCAUAAGUGUGGCCGACAGCAUCAUCGGUGAAGAAAAUACCCUCAAGUGGCAAGCCAUCAAGGAGGUGGUGAACGGCCCCAUGGAUGUUGUCAAGAGCAUCGACCGAAUGGUGACCCACUUGAGCCCUCGCUUGACAGCAGAGACUGACCAUCUUACCAUUCACAGUCCCAACAUCAAACUUGAGGUACAACACCAGAAUCUGGAGGAGGGAUUAAAAAUAAUGAGCUUCUGUGGUCCUAGGACAGAAAAGCACACUAGUGUAGACUGCAUCUCAGUACCACAUCAGAAGAUACAAGACCUCCAGAACAACGGCUUCUAUAAGCUCACCUUGGUCAACACUUGGUAUGGCUCUCUGCGCCCUCUUUUCAAUGUGGAGGAGAAUAUUACGAUGGAGCCUGUCGUCACUGAUGGCAGUCAGAGCCCUGAGGCUGGUGGGUGGUGGAAUACUAAAGGCUGCGUGAUAGUGUCCAAACAUUAUGGAUACACUGUGUGCUACUGCAACCACACCACCAAUUUUGCCUUACUGCUGCAGGUUUAUGAUGCACAGAGGAGCGCAGAUCAUGAAAAAGCUCUGCAGGUUCUAACAUUCAUUGGCUGUGGAGUCUCUCUGUGUGGCCUCCUCUUCACCUUCAUCCUCUUCAUUGCUGUGGGAGUCCCGAAUUCUGACCGCACCACUGUUCAUAAGAACCUGAUCAUUGCCCUGGGACUUGCUGAGCUUCUGCUGAUGUGCAGUGACUGGGCAUCUGAAAAUGAGGCAGCUUGUUACCUGGUGACUGCACUGCUUCACCUUUUCUUCAUGGCUUCCUUCUCAUGGAUGCUAGUAGAGGGCCUUCUGCUUUGGAGCAAAGUUGUCUCUGUCAACAUCAGCGAGGACCGCAGGAUGAAACUCUAUUACAUCAUUGGCUGGGGACUACCUGUUUUGAUAGUUGGCAUAACACUGGCGAUAUCAGCAGACAAGUACAAGGCCGAAGAUCACUGCUGGCUCAGUGUGAAGACUGACACAAUCUGGGCCUUUGUGGGACCAGUUAUAUUUAUCUUGGCGGUCAACGCAGUCGUAUUGUGCCGUGUUGUCAUGGUGACCGUUUCCAGUGCUCAUCGGCGUGCUAAGAUGCUCAGUCCAAGCUCAGCAUCAAAGAUGCAGACCUUUGAUAUCACCUGGGCUGUGACUCGUCCGGUUCUCAUCCUGCUCCCAGUCCUAGGUCUGACCUGGCUCUGUGGACUGCUGGUCCAUCUGUCUGUGGCAGUAGCCUAUGUCUUCAUCAUCCUUAAUUCCUUUCAAGGCCUCUACAUCUUCUUAGUUUAUGCCGUUUACAACAGUGAGGUGAGGAAUGCCAUAAAGAGAAUCAAAGAAAAAAGAAAAGCCUUGUCUUUUACGAACUGCUCCCAGCCUACCAGCUUCCUGCCUUCUCAGAGGGCUCCGAUAACUUCCUGGAGCCGCAGUCUGCCAACUCCCUCCAGCCCUGAGACAAGUGAGACUUCUGGACCCACCUGUUCCACCUCCACAUCUUUAGUCAUCAAAAAUGAAAGUUUCAGAAAGGAGAGUUUUGUGCGUUUUUCUUUGAAACAAGCAUCAGGAAACCAAGUGGUGCAGCUGACGGGCUUCAAGCCAGCAGGUUGCUGAGCUGCGCAUGAAGCGGCUUGUGUCUGAAAACACCAGAGACACACUCACCACCAGCAGAGCACG